AUGCCAGAACUAAUACUAAACAUCCCUUUUCAAACACCACACCAGGCAAGUAUAGCCAAGAACUCACUAAAACCGGAUCCCGUUUUGAAAACAAGUGAGUUAAAAAUAGAUUUUGAAGUUGACGAUAAAAUUCUCCGAUGUAAAUUUUCCGGAAUUAGUGAUCGUGUCAUAAGGGUAUCGAUUAGUAAUGUGUUGGAUAACCUCAAAACUGUGAUUGAGUGCAUUGACGAGUUUGAAGGCAAGAAGGAUAAUCUAUGGGAGUUGGAAGACGUUCAAAUGAACGGUCAAAGCAUGGGUUGGUUCAGUGGAAGUGGUGGCUCCGCACCUCCAUCAAAGGUGUCUCUGGUAUCAGAGUACAAACCAGAACCUAAGCAACAGCAGUAUUUGGAAGAUUUACCACCAAAAUUCGAAGAUUCUGAUGGGUCAUCUCCAUCUCCAUCUCAAGCAAAAGCAAAAGCACAGCAUUCAACACAACCAACACAAGCGACGCUAGCCGAUGCAGCUAAAUCGAUUCAACUUUCCGACUUCACGAUAGAUAGAUUCAUCAACAUGCCAUGUUUUAGAGAGGCUAUGAUUACUGGCUUUCAAGCGAUGGGUGUUUUGGGGGUCAUUACUUUCUUAAUUCGAAAGGAUUUGAACAAGUCGCUAAAUUGGUCAGUAGGUGGGUUCUUUUUGGGAAAUAUGGUUGGGUGGGAACAGUGUAGGUCGUUGAGGAGGAGGUCGAUGCAAAUGGUGGAGAAGGCAAAACAGGACAGGGAGGAGAGGAAUAGGAAAAAAUGGCAAGAAUUGCAAAAGAGUCAAGCGGAGAGUGACGAUAUGAAGAGGUUUAACGAGUUUAACAAUAGAAAGUAG